AUGCUGCUUGAGGUGUACCGCGUGGUGGGUAAGGAGACUGGGAUGGAGCUGCUUCGGCGCGCCAACCAGUUUGUGGAACGGAAGGCCGCCUUAGACGAUGGCGCAAAAGAAUCCCUUACGGCCCCAAACUAUUUGCAGGUCUUGAUGGGAUUCGCCGAUGAUAGUGCCUGUGUGUACGACAGCAAGAGAAAAGGCCCAUGUCGCUACCGGAGUGGGUUUGAUCCUCGCACCACAAUGCAGCAACUGGCGGCUGUGGUGCAGGAAAUUGCGGGAAAUCCGCACGUCACAUGGGCUGCAGACAUGCACCUGCAAGUGGUGUGCACGAUGGUUGGAUGUGGAACCAUGAAGGCAAACGAUUACUUUGUGCAAAACGUACUUCGGCAAUUUCGUUGGGACAGCCGUUUCCUUGAGGCGCUCUACAUGGAAUAUCGCCGACACGACGAUGUUGAUAUGUGGGCAGAGCUGACGAAGCGUGCCCUGGUAUGGACUGCCCGGUACGAUGUGCCGGCGUCAGAGCGCCUGAAACGUCUCAUUGAGGACGACUAUGACACCAUUCAGGUGCAGACACGCACGUUCCGCGAGUUGGCGGUCUUCCAGUUUCGUGAUGUGGAGGAGAAGCGUCACAGUCGCGAUGUGGUCAAUGAGCUUCCAAAUCCGUGGACGGAUUACGUUUCCCACGCCCUACCGUUCCCGGACCGCGAUGCUGGCUACCCGGACGAGUACGGCGACCUUGGCCAGUGGCGUGCGCCUGGUGGUCCAGGCUCACCUGUGAAGGGGCCUGGCUAUUACGCACCCCCAAUGAAUGGAGAACACCAACGCGGCUACACCGCAGAGUGGCGUGACUUGAAAAAUCCGAUGCGCCCACCCGAGUUCCCCACGCCGUGGGAGCGGAAGUACAAGCAAUACGCCCGUGGGCAGCAUCCCUCCUACGACAUGGUAUACGCGGGGCCGAUGCCAGAAAUAUUCCCCACCCGACACAACUUCCGAAAACCGACGAGGUGGGACUACCACGACAUUGAGAAACAGGGGAAGUACAAGACCAGUGGCCCGUACUAA